AUUAACUUUCAGACAUUAAAUUAAUGGAAUAUAAUGAAAUAAAGUAACAGAUUGUUUCCAAUAUAAAGGAAAACAAAUAAAAAAUUAAGGACCUUUAAGUAUUCUUGAAAACCUAGCACAAUGAAUAUAGUGAGGCGUAAGAAAAGUUAGAGGAAGAAAAAUAAAGAAGGAGAAAGGCAAAAAGUUCAAAAAACAAAUUUUCUAGCUUUGAAAAUGCAAUCAAUAGACCCCCAUUUUUUAGUGCUACUCAUGUUUAGUAAACGUUUCAUGAAUAACCAUUUAUUGACAAUGAAGUACCAGCAUUGACAGCAACCUAAAAAGAAGAACUUAUUAUGCCAUAAAGAAAUAAAAGUCCAAGCUCAAUUACUUAUAAAAUUGACCAUCCAUUAUCAAAAUUACAAAGCGAUUUUCCUGCUUUGAAACCAAAUUAAAUGAGUGAAAAGGAAAUGAAGAGAUUGGAGUAUUGGCAAACUAUUACAAACUAAACAACAAAGUUGUAAAUCGAAGAACAAAAUAAAUAAUUGAUUGGAAGUUUGAAGAAAAAAGAAUUAGAAUAAAAACAUACAUAAGUAUUUUAAUUAGCAAAUACAAAUUUACGACUUUUGGACCCUAAACCAUCAUUAAUCUCAGAAAAUCCAUUAACACCAAGAAGACUAUAAAAGCUAAUAACUUUGCCAAGAUUAUAUGAAAAAAAAGUGUGGACUCCUAACAAUAAUUAUUUUUGA